GAGUGCGCGCUGGCUAAGCCCGGCGCCGGGCAGCUCCAUCGAUUAACAGCUUGCAUAACCACGCUCGAAUUCACCGGUUCUGUGCGUAUUCGGCUGCCCCGACAGCUGCUGCUGCGUGAUGACAGCUUCCCCCAACGAGGAAGCGACCGCCUCCGAGUCUCUGGAGUCGCGCGCCCAAGCCGCAGCCAGGCCGAGGAGGCCGUCGAGCCUUCGUUCUUCUCGAAGCUUACCUCGUUCUUGUUCGGGGAACGGGAAGAGGCCCCCACGGAAGAAGAGGCCGCCGCCCUCCCCGUUCUCGCGGAAGCCGAAGAAGCAAUCGAACAACCACCACUGCCUCCGCGGACCCGACGCUUGUUCUCGGGCGCCGAGCCUGAGAUGGCUCGCGGCGACUUUGCGGUCCUAGGGUUCUGGUUCGUGUCGUGUAUCAUCUUCACGUGCGGGUGUCAGCCAAUUCCAUGGCUCACGUGCGGGAGGAAAAAGAAAAGGGACCCGCUCUUUUACACGGGUAUUGUGCUCAUCAGCAUCGGGUGCCUCCUAGUGGUGUGCUAUUUCAAUCGAGACACAUGCGCUCGCGCUGUCGAUCGUCCUCUGCCUGACGCUGGGGCCGCCGAUCGCGCGGCGAGUGGCUCACAGCGAGUAUGAUGACGAUGAAGAACUCGAUAAACAGGGCACGGACGCUCAUCUCUUCUACAACGCGGCCACCUACCGGUGCGUCCUGCUUGUGUUCGUGCUCGCGACCCUUUUUUGUUCCGCGCGGCUUCGAUGCGCUGCGAGGAAGCCUCCGUCCGGCGACGCGGUCGAGCUCGGGCCGCGCAGCGAGAAUCCGAUGCCCGUGG